UGCUCUCCUCGUCUUCUCCUCUUCGUCCCGCUUGAACCGGUGCUCAUCCUCUUCGCCGCCUUCUCUCAUCAUUGCAAUCGCCGGUGCUCUCUCCUCCUCUUCGCCGCCUUCUCUCAUCAAUCAGCAGAAGAGGUGGUGAAAUUGAACAACAGUGAGAGACAACCCUUUUCCUGGGAGACGACCACAGCUGAACGCCUGGCCGCCGACUGCUCGCCGGACUGCCGCCCCUGGACAAUCAAUUUCUCACUAUAAAGAGGUAUGCUAUAGCCUGAGUUUUGAAUAGAACUCAUGGAUUCACAGAACCAGAAUGCAUCAUUGCAGCGUCUCCAAACUGUUGAGAAGAGGAUCGUUAGAGUAUUGGAACUUGCUGGUGGGGUGAUGGAAGAAUUCUCGAACCCUAGUGGACCCAGGAAGGAAUUGGUCAACAAUCAUUGCAGCGAGUUCAUGCAAUUAAUAAAGGAUAUACAAGUGACUCUUAGGGAAGAAAUUAAAAGCGCUUGCGAGUACCGUCCAUUUGAGAAGUGUGAUUACAUAGCGCGAAUAUCAAAUGAAAUCUGCUGCAAGAAAGUGGAAUAUGUUCUUGAGAAAUUGGAUGGGAUGAAAGAAACCAUCGAUCAAUAUCAUCGAGCAACUUGAGUCAUGCAGGCUGGCUGAUAUAUUGAGUGCAAGAUUGAUUGGAUGCAUAUUGUUUUCAAAGGAAAGUGAUUACUUUUUUGUACUAAAAAGAAGAAAAAGUUGUUAAUUGUAGCUCAAAGGUUCUGUAAUUGCAAUAUCCCAACAAUACUUGCAUUUAAUAUUUUAUGUGAAAUGA